AUGCCUGAGGACGACUUCGACAUUUAUGGCGAAGACGACGGCUUUAACGCCCCCAAAUCAGCAGAGUCGCUCGAAGAGUACCAUGUGCCCGAAGAUAGCAAAGAACACGUUGUCGAACGAACGCCCAGCUCGCCGAUCGUGGGAGAAAAGCGCCAGAGGGAAGACGACGAAUCCGAGCACUUGGAGGAACACCAACAUCACCAUACCGACCUUUCAGCACACGCCGACGCCGAUAAUGAUGUCAAGCCACUCGUCGCGGUCGACUCGCGGAGUCCGAACGGUGCCGUUAAUGGUACCUUCAACACACCCGUCACCGGCGUACAGGGGAUCAACGGCGGAGGUGCUGGACAGGGUGCAUUUGACGCGUUGUACGUCGGAGAUCUGCAAUGGUGGACAACUGAUGAGGACCUCCGACAAGUCGCAAUCAAUGUAGGUGUAAACCUCGACCACAAGGACAUCACCUUCUCAGAACACAAAGUAAACGGCAAGAGCAAGGGGAUCGCAUACGUAGAAUGUCGUGGCUUUGAGAACGCCACUGUUUUGAAGAACUGGUUUGACAACAAUGAUUUCCAGAAUCGCCGAGCGUCGGCGAAUUUGACAAGCUCGUCACAGGGCAACCCAUUCCGAACGCUGCCCAAAGAACCUCCUCCGCGAGAAAUGCGGCAUCAGGGCGGGGCAGUCACUGGAAGCGCCCACGCCGGGCGCGGCACCAGUGGAACCUUCCGCGGCGGUGCCGCAGGGGGGGCCGUGAGUGGGGGCAUGGGCAACCAGAUGGGCAUGAACAUGAUGAACAUGGGCAUGCGCGGUGGUAUGAUGCCCGGGGGCAUGAUGCGUGGUGGAAUGCCCAUGUUAGGUAUGGGAUUGGGCAUGGGCAUGGGCAACAUGGGCAUGGGUAACAUGGGUAUGGGCAUGGGUGGCGGGUUCGCCGGCGGGCGCGGGGGCAUGAUUCCGCAGGGUCCGAGGGGCGGCAUGAUGACUACCGGUACAGGGUAUGGAAGCAGAGGCGGCGGUAUGAUGGGCGGUAUGGGCAUGGGGAUGAUGCCCAUGGGAGGCCGUGGCGGCUUUGCGAAUGUGCAGGGGCACUUUAACCCAGCGUUUAUGCAGGGAGCUAGCGCAGGUGGCGGAAGUGGACAGUACACGCCUGACGGACCGCGGAAGAGAUUCAAGAUGGAAGAGAGUGGGUGA